UAUUAACGGUGAAAAGUAUGUGAAAAAAUUUAGAAAAAUUGAGAGAGGAGUAUGAUUGCACUGUAAUCUGUUUGUUGUGUGGGGUGCGGAUCUCGAUCAGCGAGCCGUAAAGCGGCAGAAAAUAGAAAAAGACGAAAGCAGCAUUUUCGUUUUCCUUUUGUCGUAAGAACACGACCUCUCCCAUCUCCAACCUAAUCGUUUCACUUUCCAUCACAAUCAUUCAAUUCCUCCCCUCUCUUCACCACCUCCACACCCCACGAUCCCACCUUCAAUUAUUUCCCGUCAAUUUCAGCUGAACUCUAACUGGUUGUGGAGCUUGGAAGGAGUUCCUGAACUGAAAUUGAAAUGUAUAGGCCUGUGCCGGUGGCUGCUUCAGCCACGCCCCGAGGCGGAUUGCCUACUGACAGUGGUGACUCUGUGGUGACCUUGGAUCAAGUUCCGCGAUGGAAUGAUGCUGAUCAGUCCUUGGGGUAUGACAAUGGAGAAUAUUCUGCUACAUACUUUCCUGAUCCUCUGGCAUCGCCUUCUGGUGUAGAUGGUAGUAGCAUCGGUUCUGUUUCAAGAUUUCCUGUUGAUCAUGAAAUUAACUCAAAGAUAUAUUUGUGGAGGGGAAAUCCAUGGAAUCUUGAGGUGGAUGCUGUUGUUAAUUCAACAAAUGAGAAUAUGGAUGAAACACACAGCAGCCCUGGAUUGCAUGCUGCAGCUGGACCUGGCCUUGCAGAAGAAUGUGCGACUCUGGGUGGAUGCCGAACGGGGAUGGCUAAAGUUACCAAUGCAUAUGACCUUCCCGCCAGGAGAAUUAUCCACACUGUUGGUCCAAAGUAUGCUGUGAAGUACCAUACUGCUGCUGAGAAUGCUUUAAGUCAUUGUUAUCGUUCUUGCCUGGAGCUUCUAGUUGAUAAUGGACUCCACAGUAUUGCUAUGGGUUGUAUUUAUACAGAGGCAAAAAACUAUCCCCGAGAACCAGCUGCGCAUGUAGCUAUAAGAACUGUUCGGCGGUUUCUUGAGAAGCAGAAAGACAACAUAAAAGCUGUUGUCUUUUGCACUACCAGCACAACCGAUACAGAGAUAUAUAAACGGUUGCUUCCACUUUACUUUCCACGAGAUAAAAACGAGGAGCAGUUUGCAUUUUCAAAACUUCCUGCAGAUGUUGGAGAUGAAAAUGGUGAGACCAUCAUAGAUGAGCGGAAAAUCAGAAUCAAACCUUUGCCUAAAAAGAAUGUUUCAAAACCAAUUGAAGAUCCAGUUGAUCUUCCUGUCAGUGAUGCUGGCUUGGUUCGGAGGAAUUCAUCAUAUUUAGAUUCAUUUCUGGAUCCUGCCUUCAUGUCCUUGAUUAAAGACCCUGACCAAAGGCGUUUGGAGCAGUGGGAGAAAACUGCUGAAGCACAAAGAGGCUGGAAUUGUACCAAAUUGCUUGGAUAUGGUGACCUUGGUGGACCUCCGCUGUCUGCUGCUGAAGAAUAUUCUCUCCACUCUAGAUACCUUUCUAAAGCAAAUUCUUUAAAUCUUUCUGAAAUUGCAGAGAUGAAAAUUGUUUAUCGUGGAGGGGUAGACAGUGAGGGUCGACCCGUCAUGGUGGUUGUGGGAGCUCACUUUUUGCUCAGAUGUCUUGAUCUUGAACGAUUUGUGCUUCAUGUGGUGAAGGAGUUUGAGCCCAUAAUACAGAAACCUUAUACUAUUGUCUACUUCCACUCUGCUGCUUCUUUGCAGAUGCAGCCUGAUCUAGGUUGGAUGAGAAGAUUGCAACAAAUACUUGGUAGGAAGCACCAGCGCAACCUGCAUGCAAUAUAUGUCCUUCAUCCAACUUUUGGGCUUAAGGCGGCAGUAUUUGCACUACAGAUGUUUGUUGAUAAUGUGGUUUGGAAGAAAGUAGUAUAUGUUGAUCGACUUCUGCAGCUCUUCAGAUAUGUACCUCGCGAACAGUUGACCAUACCAGAUUUUGUGUUCCAGCAUGACUUAGAAGUUAAUGGAGGGAAAGGUGUUAUUGUGGAUCCAAGAACAAAAUAUGUUUACCAAAGACCAACAUGAAAUCAAUUAGAUCGUUGGCUGCAGUUUCUUUAUUAAUUGCUUUACCCCUUAUUCUCUCACUGGUAACGGGAAAGUAGGGGGGGAUAUGUAUGUGUUUGAAAUGUGAAUGGAAGCAUUUUUUGUUUCUUUGAAAUUUUUGAAGCCUUGAUAAAUUUCUGUAUUUAUGUAUGUAUAUGUAAUUGUUCUUCGAAGGUAGAUUAUUGUUGCUUUGUUCUUCUAAGUGUCUUGUACAUUCAAUGAAAGAACAGAUUAAUAAAAUUAGAUUAUUCUUGGUUAAUAAAAA